GCCCGCGCCUGGGCUUCAGCACCGCGGACAGCGGCGUCGGCAUGAGCGGGCUCAACCCGGGUCCCGCCGUGCCCAUGAAGGACCACGACGCCAUCAAGCUCUUCGUGGGGCAGAUCCCGCGGGGCUUGGACGAGCAGGACCUCAAGCCGCUGUUCGAGGAGUUCGGCCGCAUCUACGAGCUGACGGUGCUGAAGGACCGGCUCACCGGCCUCCACAAAGGCUGUGCCUUCCUCACCUACUGCGCCCGAGACUCUGCUCUCAAGGCCCAGAGUGCACUGCACGAGCAGAAGACCCUGCCAGGGAUGAAUCGUCCGAUCCAAGUGAAACCCGCUGCCAGUGAGGGCCGAGGAGAGGACCGGAAGCUGUUUGUGGGGAUGCUGGGCAAGCAGCAGGGUGAGGAGGAUGUCAGACGCCUGUUCCAGCCCUUCGGCCACAUCGAGGAGUGCACCGUGCUGCGGAGCCCGGAUGGCACUAGUAAAGGCUGUGCCUUUGUGAAGUUCGGGAGUCAAGGGGAAGCUCAGGCGGCCAUCCAGGGUCUACACGGCAGCCGGACCAUGGCGGGCGCCUCGUCCAGCCUGGUGGUCAAGCUGGCAGACACGGACCGGGAGCGCGCGCUGCGGCGGAUGCAGCAGAUGGCAGGCCAGCUGGGCGCCUUCCACCCCGCGCCCCUGCCGCUGGGGGCCUGCGGCGCCUACACCACCGCGAUCCUGCAGCACCAGGCAGCCCUGCUGGCGGCGGCCCAGGGCCCGGGCCUGGGCCCGGUAGCGGCGGUGGCAGCCCAGAUGCAGCAUGUGGCGGCCUUCAGCCUGGUGGCCGCACCUCUGCUACCUGCAGCAGCAGCCAACUCCCCAGCCGGCGGCGGCCCUGGCACGCUCCCGGGUCUUCCGGCGCCCAUCGGGGUCAAUGGAUUCGGCCCCCUGACUCCCCAGACCAACGGGCAGCCGGGCUCCGACACGCUCUACAGUAACGGGCUCUCCCCUUUCCCAGCAGCCUAUCCGUCGGCCUAUGCCCCAGUGAGCACAGCUUUUCCCCAGCAGCCUUCAGCCUUGCCCCAGCAGCAAAGAGAAGGGCCCGAAGGCUGUAACCUCUUCAUCUAUCACCUGCCCCAGGAGUUUGGUGAUGCAGAACUCAUACAGACAUUCCUGCCCUUUGGAGCAGUUGUCUCUGCCAAAGUUUUUGUGGAUCGAGCCACCAACCAGAGCAAGUGUUUUGGGUUUGUUAGUUUUGAUAAUCCAACCAGUGCCCAGACUGCUAUUCAGGCCAUGAAUGGCUUUCAAAUUGGCAUGAAGAGGCUCAAGGUCCAGCUAAAGCGGCCUAAGGAUGCCAACCGGCCUUACUGAUCUGCUCUCACUGACCAGCCGCAGAAAGAAACUGAAGAGUGAGAAGAAAAGAGAGAAAAAGCACAGAAAUGCUUGAGCAGCCCUUCCCAAAGGAGCAGCUGCAGACGGAGGUGGAUCGGACCCAAGGCCGACAACUGGGGUUCAGGCCAUCCUAAGGACUGAUUUUUCCAGUGGGUUGUUCUGUGCCUGCAGCUGAGAGCUCAGGUUGGCAGGGCAACUAGGAUUGACUGAGGAUGGAUGAUCAGGGGGACCUGCAGAGGGCGUUGGGGGUGCCAAGGGCUUCUCCGUGAGGGAGGCCCAGAUUUACUUCUUUCAAAAUCAUAUCAUUCCUUAGAGUUUAGGGACCAAAGGACUAUUGCUUUUUUAAGAAUAUAUAUAUCUAUAUAAAUUAAAACGAACAAACAAAAAAAACCAAGAGUAACAAAAAAGACAGUAUAGAGUCUCAUAAAAGCUGCCUUUAAAUAUCCUUAGGAGACAGGGUGAAGGAGACCCUUGAUAGCCCCAGUCAAGGCAGAAGGGGGCUGUGGAAAGAUUGUCACGUGUCUCAUUCCCUCUUAAGCCACUCCCCAGCCUGCUCUUUUAAAAAUAAUUAAAGACUUCGAGAUGUAGGCUCAUAUGUAGGUGACAAGAGGGUUAUGGAAGCAGUGAACCCCAAAUCCACAAUCCCCACACUCGGAGCAUCCCUGAUGAGGCCUCGGGAGGAGCUCAGGCCCACCCCAGCAUUUGCCAUCCUGAGAGGCCCUCUAGCCAGCAUCACAUCAGUGGGAGCCCGCCUUUCUUUCUUGACAGCCUUUCCUGAGGAACCACCGCUUCCCCAGGCAGGAAGGAGGAGGAAGUUUUGGCCACCUGAGCCAAUCCCUUCCCAAUUCAGAUAGACAGAGGCCCUGCCUUUGGCUGAGCCGAGAUACCUCCUGUUUCCCCUCCCUUGAGCCAGCCCCAAUGUCCCCUUGCUCCAGGCCACCUUCUCUCUCUUAGUCUAAGUUUGCCCACCUGUAAAGUAGAUCCAGGAUAUUUGUAGAAGGCCAUGACAACAGAUUUGGAAGGUUUGCUACUGUAUAUACUGCCAUUAAGAAGGGGGUAAUUUUCAAUAUGUAGAAGCUUCAGAAUUAGAGGUCCCUCUUUACCCUGGACCUGGGAGGGAAGUAGAUGUUUUGCCAAAAUACUUCUUCAUUCCUUUACAAAGUACAUCUUUCCUAUGCAAGAGUGUCUCAUGUGCUUAUCCAAGGUGCUUCUAGUUGGUGAGCAAUGUUCAGCUUAGAAGUGGUGUGUGCUCUGUCCGUCUGUCUUUGUCUGUCUGUUGUAUACAGUGGGUGCCAUAUAAAGCUGAUCAAUGGUGGUGCUUCCUGCCUGCUUCUGUGAGAUGGGCAAAAGAUUCAGCUUAGAACACCAUGACUCACCUUGCCUUGGUCAGCCUUUCCUGGGCCUGGGGGCCUCGCACAUCUUUUUCCUAGGAGGAUAAUUUCCCCUCCACCCCACAGACAUGAAUCAGCUGAGUCUGAGGCCCGGCUGUGUGGGGUCACUUCAAUUCCCAGAGGUCGCUGUGGCCGGAGGCCUCUGAUCUGAUGUUAUAUCAGAUAGUAAAGGAUAUGGGCUGGAGGGUUCCUCCUUCGUGACAGUUUCUAAGAAAACUUGUUCCCACAUGUU